CGACCGGCGGCAGCGGCACGUCGGGGCGCGGCGGUGGGGUUUGGGGGGGGCUCCUGCCGCCCCCCGGGAUGCACCUCAACGCCACGGCCCCGGCUCUGCCGGGCGGCCCCUUCCUCCACCUCCACCCCAACGCCUCCAACCGCUCCGACCUGCUCCCCAAAGGGCCGGACGAGGAGGACCUGGACGUCAACACCGACAUCUACUCCAAAGUGAUGGUGACCGUCAUCUACCUGGCCCUUUUCCUGGUGGGCACGGUGGGUAACUCCAUCACGGCCUACACCCUGGUGCGCAAGAAGUCGCUGCAGAACCUGCAGAGCACCGUGCACUACCACCUGGCCAGCCUCGCCUUCUCCGACCUCCUCAUCUUCCUCCUCUGCAUGCCCAUCGAGCUCUACAACUUCAUCUGGGUCCAUCACCCCUGGGCUUUCGGGGGGGCCGUUUGCAAGGGCUACUACUUCCUCCGGGACGCCUGCACCUACGCCACGGCGCUCAACAUCGCCAGCCUCAGCGUGGAGCGCUACAUGGCCAUCUGCCACCCCUUCAAAGCCAAGAGCAUCAUGUCCCGCAGCCGCACCAAGAAGUUCAUCAGCUGCAUCUGGAUCGCCUCCUUCCUCCUCGCCAUCCCCAUGAUCUUCACCAUGGGGGAGAUCUACGGCAAGGACCGCGAUCCCGACUCCCUCAUCUGCACCACCAUCGUGGACCCUUCCACCCUGAAGACCGUCAUCCAGGUCAACACUUUCAUCUCCUUCGUGUUCCCCAUGGUGGUCAUUUCCGUGCUCAACACCAUCAUCGCCAACCAGCUCAUGGUCAUGUUCAAACAGGCGGCCCAGGAAAACCAGGUCUGCACCAUCGGUGGGCAGCAGACCAUGCUCAGCAUGUCCAUGGAGCCCAGCCGCGUGCAAGCCUUGAAGCACGGCGUCAGGGUCCUGCGUGCCGUGGUGAUUGCCUUCGUGGUCUGCUGGCUCCCUUAUCACAUCCGGCGUCUCAUGUUCUGCUACGUCCCCUCCAGUCACUGGACAGAUUUCCUUUACAACUUCUACCACUACUUCUACAUGCUGACAAACGUCCUCUUCUACGUCAGUUCAGCAAUCAACCCCAUCCUCUACAACCUGGUGUCCGCCAACUUCCGACAGAUCUUCGUCUCCACACUCACACUCCUGUGCCUGCCAUGGAGGAAGAAGAAGAAGCGACUGGCCUUCACCAGGAAAUCCAACAGCAUCUCCAGCAACCACACAUUUUCCAGCCAGGUCACAAGGGAAACUACAUACUGAAGCCAAAGGAGGAAGGGAAAUGCACUUCAUCGUGGAGUCAAAACUUGAGAGAGGCCUCUGUGACUGUCGUGCAUGGUCUCCGAAUUCACGUAACACAAAUGUGUUUAGCAAAGUCAUUUUUGUUGGAAAAAUAGGCUUUGUGUUGCCAGUAACUUCGGGGUUAUUUUAAAGCAUUGGCCUUGCCUCUUGUGAGUAAUGUCUACACGUUUUGUAACUUCAGUCUGGCAUAAGUCCAGGUGUGGUGUUAACUGGGAAGCCAAAAUGUGUUAAACUUAGGCAAAACCGUGCUGCAUUUCAUCCUUUUCUCAGUGCAGAGAUGCCAUGUUCCCAUCCAAGAGUUUGAGAUCACGUCUCUUGGUGGCACCGAGCAGAGAGUCUGAUGAGGAGAAAGCAGUUUUGAACCAGAGAGGGAUGUUUUUGGAGAAUGGACAUGCUCAUCUAAGGGAUGUUCAAUGGACAAGGAGUGAAAACUCAGGGAGCCAGAUGGGUGUUCCAGAGAUAUGUCUCAAUUACGAUUAAUAUGACCGAGGUGCUCAAGAGAGCCGCUCUGGCUCCUUGAAAUUAAAUAACAACAGAUGAUGCCUUACCUAGAUUGGGGUGGCUGUGGCCUGGGGACAUGGGGGGCAUCUUUUACUGUAGGGCAUGUAAUGCCCAGCACAGUGAAGCCCCUCUCUCGCAGGUAUUGGUACUGCAACACCAAUGAAUUAUAAAGCCUCUAGCAAAGAAUGCAGAAACUCUGUCCAACUGGAGUGCUGAAAAUUAACAGAAAUGGAAAAUUUUACUGUUGCCAUACAGCCAAAUUCUAUUUUUUAUCAAGGAGAGCAGUUAGCUGCCCAGCAUUGAGAUGAGAAAACUCCAGGCUCCUGAGGGCUCCAGGCUGCUGAGAUAAGAGCAACCUGCCCCCAUUCUGUGGGACCUUCAGAUUUCUCCCAUUCUUAUUCCUGUUUUGCUUGUUUCCUCACCAUUUUCACAAGGCUGACAACUUAUAAGGUGGUUGUAGGCAGCAGCACCUCUUAUUCUACCUUUACUUUUAUUUCUUUUUGCUACCAGACCUGUUGGCACACGAAUCUGCACACACAGAUCUUCAGAUAGUGCAAAUAAAGAACACAAGAAGGUCUAAACUGGGGAUCCUUAGCUCUAAACCCGCUUUCUUUUAGCCAGAGGAACAGAGACAAGACCUGAAAAUUCUCUUUGACAUUUCUCAGCUGGCCAGGAUAGGGACUGUCAGCUUUUCUCCCAUAUGGUUCCACCUCCAACAGCCCACUAUGUGAUGCAGCAAAUUGCUCCAGAGCCUUUAGCACCAGAAAUCACAGGCCUCUGGGAGAAGCUUAAGGUCUUUCUCCGCUGUCACAUCACCUGCAGGAAGCUGGAACCAAGCAGUCAUCCUGUGUAACCUCUGCUCUGGUUUUGCUGGUGGUGACUGUGUGUCCCCUUUCACACCACACUUCACCAGGACAGCAGGGCUUGCCUCUUUAUGAUGACAAGAUAAAAGAGUCACUUGGCUCAUUUCAGCUUUCUGGCCUUUGCCCCUACCCUGUCACUCUCCAACUAAUGAGCACCCUUGGUACGUAACAAGUCUCAAUGCUGGAGGUGUGGAUUUGUCCCCAGUGAACCAUCACACAAUGGUGGAGACCAGUUACUGGUCCACUGGGUACCACUGACUUCUGCUAGAGAUGUGGUAUCUCAUGGGUUAGGCCCUAUUGGGUUCAGGGCACAGAGAAAACACUUGUGGGGCAUUUGCUGUGAGUUGUGAGGGAUGGAUACUACUUCCAAGGCAUUUAGAACCUUGCUACAGAGUUAGGUACCAUGGUAGAUUGGGCUACCAUCAGCCAUGACCUCCAACCACACCUGCCAGGGAUGGGAGAUUAUUUUAAUGCCUAGUACAGAACCACCCCAAAAAGAAAGGGCUCAAAAUAGAAAUCAGUGGGGCAUUAGUUUCUACUGAUUCAGCCAAACUACAAGCUCCAUCCUGUCAUGCCUUCUUUUAAUUUCUUGCCCCGCUUGUACCAAACAGAGGGCAGAGAUUAUAUUUGACAAAGCACUUUUGUUGCUCGUGCACAGUUGACUCCUCUUUGGCAAGAAAAACAGGUAAUGACAUACAUGAAACACAUGAAAAAAAAAUCAAAAAGGAGACUGAUCUCAUUGGAAGGAAAUCUGUGAGGAACCAGCAAAUGUUAUUGAUGUGUGUGUUAGAAAUGGCUUGUACAGGUUCGAAGAGGAAGCUCUGGAAGACUUGUAUGUGCUGCCCUGUGGGAAGGUCCAGGCACAAAGAGCAGAGGAAGAGGAGUCUUAAUGUCACACACUUAACAUUGGCCUUCUGGGCAAGAGACUUCCAGUGUUUCUGGAGAGGACCCAGGUUUUUUAACUUCACCUCUGAAUAGAGUCAACAGCUGGGAGGCGGUUUCUGAAACCUCCCACAGAAGCUGUAACCGUGUGUUGCUUUGACUUUCAGUAGGAUUUAAAAUCCUGCCUGUCUUAGUCGCUUUGAAAAUGUUAAACAUUAUUAAUAUAUUUGUUCAACACCAACCUGCUGAAAUGUGCUUGAUUAUCUUAGAAGACACUGUACAAAAAUUGUUGUUUCACGUAAGAUGCUUGGCGUGGAUUUUCAUUUCUGAGACACACUGGCAGCGUACAGAGUAUUUGAUCACAGCUCAGAGAAAAUGGUAGGUUUAUUUGUGGUUUGACAUGAAAACGGGAACAAGCUGGAGUAAAAAUGAACUUAUCAUAAAGUCUUUCCCCAGUGUUUGUUGGGCCACUCGAGUCCUGAAGAGCUGACUAUGUGGGGGGAUUUAUCCAAGUGGUUUGCUGGCUUCUGCAGCUCCGUUCCCGCAGUUUGACACGGGAGCAGACCCGAGCCUAUGGCCUUAACCUGAGAUUGCAGCUCAAAGCUACCUCUCCCACUGGCCAAAUCUGACUACCUUGAGCUGAAAAGUCUAAGUUACAGCUGAUUUCAUCCCCUCUCCGCUCCUCGCUUAGUUCUGUUACAUUCCACCUGGAAAUUUAAUUCCCUUGAGCUCAAGGAAUUGAGGACAACUCACUGCAGGAUCCCAUGGUUCUGUAGAGAGGAAAAAGGUAGAACUGUCCAGUAUAUACCAGAGGAAUGGUUCUUUCCAUAUCUUUUAACAACGGCUGAACUCCUAACCCAACAAGGUUUAGCCUUAAACCCAAUUGAGUGAAAGUGGCUUUUGCCACACAUGCUCCCAUCUUUGUGUUCCUGUCGUGUCUGAACUCUCUGCUGGGGCAGAGAGGUGAGCGUUGGUGUGGCACGAUGUUAAUCUAUGCAAAUUUCCUAUAAGUGUUUUGAACUGUUUGUUUCAACUGAAAAAAAAAUAAAAAUCUGUUGACCCCAGAGAUGGGAAGUGCUGCCGGAAGGGUCCUGAGGCGUUCCCACCUGAAGAGAGUCUGUCUAGUGACCUCUUCAAGUAUUAUUUAGAGGUUUUGUUUCCCUUCACAGUGUUUUCAUUCAGGGCCGUCUGUUUGGCAGUGAGUGAAAUCAAGAUUUACAAAGUCUGUUUGGAAUUUUCCCCCCAGACAGGACUUUUUCACCAGAGGCCCAGCUGGAACCCUCAGCUGAGCUUGCCUUUUUUUCUUUGCAAAGCGUGUGAGACCUCGCUUCAAAAACUAAACGGAGGAGUUGGUGAGGAGGGUGAGCAGGACACGUGCUGUGAGCACAACCAUAGCAGGACUUUUUGCAGUUAGAGCAUCAAGUGUUUAGUGAAAGGCAGCCCCGAGACGUGCUGCUGCUGCUGGCAGCUGGUGUUGGGUUUGAGCCCAUCCUCUGCGUGGCCCCAUCGGUACCUGCCCUCUGGUACCACAGGUACCGGCCCUCAGGGUCUCGAGUCCCUUGAGUCUCAGUCUCAGACCAUCCUGGCUGUGAUGUUCGGGAGCUGUUUUAAACAAAGCUGUAUCUUCUUGAGCUCCAUCCAGUUCUAAACAUUGCAGCUCAACAAAGUUCUUCUGCUCUCGGUCUGGAUUCGUUCGGUAGGAAAACAGAAAUUGCUAACCCGAAAUGUCAUGAUGCUGUGUCCUGGCUUUGUGAUCAAGAGUCCUUCCCCAGCCGUGCCACCUGAUAGUCCUGCACAUAUUGUAUUUAUGGCAGAUAUUUUUUAAAGUGCACCCUUUUUUUUGUUUUUUUUCUGAAAUACAAGAUGUCGAUGUGCUUUAUUUUCUGUGGCCUGUUGCGCAAUGGGAAAAAAAAAAAAAGAAUGUUAAAAGUGUGUCAGCGUCUCCUUUGUAAUAUUUUCUGUGACAAAGGGAAAAAAGAGGGUGUGAAAACCUUUUAUGUAGCCAUGGGAAACACUCUUUCGAUGUAACAUGCUGUUAUUGAUACUGUAUUUACUGACCAAACUGUAAUGAAAUGGUUAUUUCCUGAUAUAGCCUUUGUACUGUAUGGUAUUUUAUUUUAUUUUAUUUUGACAUUUAUUGAUCCUAAGAAAUAAAUAUCUGAAUUUAAGGC